UCCUCCUCUCACAGAAAUCGUUCUCAUCUUACCCUCCUCACAAAGUUACUAUUCAUUCAAUUCCCACUAAGAAAUGGCGGAAGGAGCUUUGGUUGGAGUUGUUAAGGGUAUCACAGAGAAAGCGGGCAACCUUGUAGCCCAAGAGAUUGGACUACUCUGGGGUGUCAAAGACGGGAUUAAAAAGCUCGGCGACACAGUUUUGACAAUCAGUGCUGUGAUUCAGGAUGCAGAGAAGAAGCAGCAGCACAACAAUCAAGUCAGAGUGUGGCUGGAAAGGCUGAACGAUACACUUUAUGAAGCGGACGACUUGUUGGAUGACAUCUACACUGAAGCUUUACGACGGGAAGUGAUGACACGGAAUAAGAAAGCAAAAGAGGUACGCAUCUUCUUUUCCAAAUCGAACCAGCUUGCAUUUGGUCUUAAAAUGGGUCAUAAGGUUAAGGAAAUGAAUGAAAGGCUAGAUGCUAUCAAAAACGCUAAGGGGUUCCACUUAGAUGAACGUCCUGUAGAGACACAAGUGGGGGGUUAUAGGGUGAGAGAAACUCAUUCUUUUGUACGUACUGAAGCAGUCAUUGGGAGAGAUAAUGAUAAGGAAGAGAUUAUAAAAAUUCUUUUGGAUCCCAAUGUUGAAGAGAGCCUUUUGAUCCUUCCAAUAGUUGGACUUGGAGGAAUGGGGAAGACCACAUUAGCUCAACUAAUAUUCAAUGAUAAUGAAAUCCAAAAUAGUUUUGAGCAAAAGCUUUGGGUGUGUGUCUCUGAUGACUUUGAAGUAAAAGUAAUUGUUAAGAAAAUUUUAGAGUGUGCACAAAGUAUGAAACCAGAAGACCUUGAAAUGAACACAUUGAUUAAUGAUCUUAAGAAAGAAAUUGAUGGAAAGAGAUACAUACUUGUGUUGGAUGAUGUAUGGAAUGAGGAUCCUAAAAAAUGGCUUAACCUAAAAGAUCUUUUAAUGGGUGGAGCAAGAGGUAGUAGGAUAUUAGUGACUACACGCAAUAAUAGAGUGGCAAAGAUUACAAAAACUAUUCAACCAUACCUGUUAGAGGGUUUAGAUAAAGAAAAGUCUUGGGUUUUAUUUAAACAGAUGGCAUUUGAAAAUGGACAAGAGCCAGAGAAAUCAAUCUUUAAGGUAGUUGGAAAGGAAAUCCUUGAAAGAUGUAAAGGAGUCCCCCUUGCCAUAAGGACAAUAGGAAGCCUAUUAUACUUUAAAAACACAGAAAAAGAGUGGUUAUCUUUUAAGGAUAGUGAGCUUUCAAAAGUACCUCAAGAAGAAAAUGAUAUCCUACCAACACUUAAGUUGAGUUAUGAUCAUCUUCCAUCAUAUUUGAAGCAAUGUUUUGCUUAUUGUUGUUUAUUUCCAAAAGAUUACAAAAUUCAUAAACAAACAUUAAUUCAAAUGUGGAUGGCACAAGGUUUCAUUAGACCUUUAAAUCAAAAUCAUUGCCUAGAAGAUGCUGGUCAUGAGUAUAUUAUGGAUUUACUCUGGAGAUCAUUUUUUCAGGAAGUUGAAAUGGAUAAGGAUAACAAUAUAUUACAAUUCAAAAUGCACGAUCUUAUGCAUGAUCUUGCAAAAUUAGUAGCAGGAUCUUAUAGCACCACUUGUUAUUCUGAAGAAGAAAUCAUUGAUGAAAAAACUCUACAUGUGUCAUUUGGUGGUCAAUCACAAUCACAAAUUCCAAGUUCAAUGUUCAAAUCUAGAAGGAUACGAACCCUCAUAUUCCAUGGUCAACUUUGGCCUCUUGGUCAACAGAAAUUAAUUUAUAAUAGUGCACUUGUUACAAGUUUUAAGUUCAUUCGCUUGUUGGAUUUGGUUAAUAUGGACUCUCAAACUCUCUCAUUUGCAUUAUAUUACCAAAUUGCCCUGUGA